CACGUGGUAUAUCCACAUGGCCAACCCGGAAAUACGCGUCGUGCCGCAUAUGUCAACAAACAUGCUCACCCGGUUUCACCGUAACUUCAGCGUUUAAUCUCUUUUGCAGCGUUUUUAUAUCGGCAUUUGUCUUCUGUGCUUUCUAGCGGCGAUGGCGGACGAGGUGUCCUGCCUGAAGGCGCAGCUGUCGGAGAGAGAGGAGGAGAUUUUAGCUCUGAAGAGAAAGUUAGCCCGACUAGAAAAGAGCCAUACAUCAGUGCUGAAGCUACAUGACAAGGUCACAAACCUGGAGCCACUCCCAGCCAAAGCAUCCCUGUGUAACGAGGACAUCAUGCGCUACAGCAGACAGCUUCUCCUGCCAGAGCUCAGUGUCCAAGGUCAGCUGAGGCUGUCCAAGACCUCAGUGCUGGUUGUGGGCUGUGGAGGACUGGGCUGCCCCCUGGCACAGUAUCUCGCUGCUGCAGGCAUCGGGCGCCUGGGGCUGCUGGACUAUGACGAGGUGGAGCUCAGUAACCUCCACAGACAGGUGCUGCAUGGAGAGGAAAGCCAGGGCCAGGCCAAGGCCCUGUCUGCUGCUGGUGCAGUGAGGAGGUUGAACUCGACAGUAGAGUGUGUUCCCUAUCACCUGCAGCUCUCCUCGGAGAACGCCAUGCAACUCCUUCAACAAUAUGACAUUGUGGCCGAUUGUUCAGACAACGUCCCCACCCGUUACCUGGUGAAUGACGCCUGUGUGCUCAGCGGCAAGCCCCUCGUGUCGGCCAGCGCCCUGAGAAUGGAGGGACAGUUGACAGUAUAUAACUACCGUGGAGGGCCCUGCUACAGAUGUCUGUACCCUCGGCCCCCACCCCCAGAGACAGUGACCAACUGUUCCGAUGGUGGGGUGUUAGGAGUGGUUCCAGGGAUAAUGGGCUGCCUCCAAGCACUAGAGGUCCUGAAGAUUGCCUCUGGACAAGGCUCUUCCUGUGGCCAGCAGCUGGUGAUAUUCGAUGCUCAAGACACCAGGUUCAGGUCCAUCAGGCUGCGGCCCAAGCAGGCCGGCUGUGCGGUGUGCGGAGAAAACCCCACAGUGACCCAGCUGGUGGACUACGAGAGCCUGUGUGGGUCUGCAGCCACAGAUAAGUGCCGCAGACUCAACCUCCUCUCCAGAGAUCAGAGGAUCACAGUGCAGGAUUAUAAAUCCAUAUUGGAUAAUGGAGUUUCCCAUCUCUUGUUGGAUGUGCGCCCUCUUGUGGAGGUGGAUAUAUGCCAUUUACCCUUCUCUGUCAACAUUCCCCUCUCGAGUCUAGAGGAGAGGAAGUGUGAGCAUAUCCGAUUACUUCAGGAGAGAAUCCGCCAACUGAAAGAGCAGAUGGCAGGUGACUGCCGGCCUGCAGUCUAUGUGAUCUGUAAACUGGGUAAUGACUCUCAGAAGGCGGUGCAGGUUCUGGAGAAGAUGAGCGGAUCAGACGUGGACGAAAUCACUGCGAAAGACAUCUGUGGAGGCCUGAUGGCCUGGGCCCAGAAGAUAGACCCCUCCUUUCCACAGUAUUAAUACAUUCAGGAUGUUUCUUCUGUGUUUUAUAAUUUCUUUGUCAAUAAAUUCAAAUACAUAACCCUGUCA